UUUUGAAAACUGCCCGAUUGUGUCAGUUUUCAAAGAGGAUACCAGCAAAUGAGGUGUGCUACAGAGCUGCAGCCAUAAGGGAUGUUUGCCUGAGUCUGGGAAAACAACAGAACCAGAGUACUGAACUUUCCUUUUUCUCACUACACGUUUUGUUCCACCCCUUUUUGCUUAUCACCCUUCAACCAGCUCCCAUUUUCUUUCUUUUUGGGAAAGGAACUGUCACUGCAAGGGAAGGUACACCUUUUUAUAUUAAACUCCAAGUCAUGGAACUCUUUUCUUCCCUGACUCCAGUCUUUAUAGCAAUUAUAUGUGUUUUGAUUGGGAUAAUCCUGAAAAGCAACAGGAAAAACAGCAAGAAAGGGAAGCGCGAGACUAAAAAUAAGUCUGAAUCUCGCCCAUGGGUGGAUGAUGACCUCAGAGACAGCACUGAUCUUCAUGUAGAGGAAGAAGAUGCUGAUGGUGACUGGCAGGGAUUAGAUGAAAACAUUGCACAUGUCUCCUUCUCUGCUGAGCAUUACUCCGAGGGUGAAAUGAUUAAAAGGUCAAAGGAAUUUUAUGAGCUUCUCAGUAAGAGACGGUCUGUCAGAUUUAUAAGUGAUGAGCCGGUCCCCAGGGAGGUCAUUAAUAAUGUCAUCAAAGCAGCAGGAACUUCUCCCAGUGGAGCACACACUGAGCCUUGGACCUUUGUGGUAGUGCAGGAUCCUGAAGUAAAGCAGAGGAUUCGGGAGAUCAUCGAAGAGGAGGAGGAAAUAAACUACAAGAAAAGAAUGGGAGACCGAUGGGUUAAUGACCUGAAGAGACUGAGAACAACUGGAUAAAGAUACCUGGACUACAGCUCCUAUCUGAUCCUCAUUUUAAAGCAAGUGUAUGGGAUGCUUCCAAACGGCCAAAGAAGAACACCAUUACUCAAUGAGAUCAUGUUAUUGCCUGUGGUUAUUCUCUUUGCUGCACUGCCAGCAUGCCAAGAGGCAGGAGGAAGGCUGGGGCUUUCUGCACAGCGACAGAACGUGGGUCUGGUCACAGUGACCUCUACACCUCUGAAUUGUGGCCCUCGCCUCAGGGUGCUGCUCCAACGCCCAAAAAACGAGAAAUUACUCUUGCUGCUCCCUGUUGGGUACCCCAGCAAAGACGCCACUGUGCCUGAUUUGACACGAAAGCCACUGGAUGACAUUAUGGUGGUUAUGUGAGCAUGGAACAGCCAAAGAAACUAUUAAAAUGCUCACUGUAAAGCAACAGCCCACUAUCUGCUGCUUUUCUCUGUCUAUUAUACACAGCUUAUCUUUGUCCCCUUAAAUGUACUUGUGGGUCUGGCUGUUUAUACCCAUAUGCCUUCUUAGCACUAGUAAUUGCAGCGGCUGCCUCCAGUAAUAGCAGCAAUCAAGCUCUGUGAAUCUGACAGCUGCUAUUAUUGAUGAACCUGGUUGAUUGUUCCAGGGGAUAUGCACAAUAGCACUUCAGUUGCUUUUAUCGCUUCAGUUUCCUCUCCCCGCUAGGGAGCAACUGGUUCCCUGAAUUGGAAAGAACCUCCUCAUCCUGAUAUCUUUUGAUUGUCACUUGCACAGUUAUCUUCACUUUGGGGGUUUCAGCACAGCAAGAUAGCAGAGAGUAAGCCGUUUGUACAUUGCUUGAUGUACACCAGUCAAAGAUCCCCUGCCCACCAGCUGCAUUAUCCUUUGCAGAGGAAAAGGAUAUCGUCACAUAUGUUAGUACUACUUCUGCUUGACUGAGCUACGUGGAGGCCUUAUCUAAGCUAGAUGUUUUUUCUAAACUUCCUUCCUUUGCUGCCACUGGUGCAAGUCCCAAUUAGGGGAAAUCUAGGGCAGACAGGGUACCCACGAUGUUCUAACUGCUGUCAUCUACAUGUGCUCUGGGCAGUUAGGUGGCAUGACAGUGAAAAUGCUGGUUUCCUGUCAAUGCUAGUGCUCCCAUCAUUGCUGCCCCUAGUGAAGCAAAUAGAGGGUAUGUCUACACUGCAAUUAAUAACCCAUGGUUGGCCCUCACCAGCUGACCUGGAUUCAGGCCAAGGGGCUGUUUAAUUGAAGUUUAGCUAUUCAGGCUUUGGCUGGAGCCCAGGCUCCAGGACCCUGCAAGGUGGGAGGGUCCUAUAGAGGAAGCCACAAUACUGACUUUGGAUCUGUCUGCACACACAGGUGCUCUGGCUUAACUGAAGUUGUCAUUUUAAACUGAUUUUGUUAAAUGCAUGCAAAAGACUGUGUGCAUGGACAGUCUUAUUUUGGAGCGUUUUACUAAGGCAAGUGAAAUGUCAACCUACUACAUCAUUUCUUUAGGAUCUGGUUAAUAUUCAAAGAACCUGGCUAAAAAUUCUGGCUUCCUGGCUGGGUAGCCUGCCUCCUCUUACACUGAAAAGGAUGAGCAUAUUUCUAAACACCCAUCCUCUUUCUGGCAUUUCUCUCGUUUAUGUAUUGCUAUGAAAGCUUUUCAUUACAAGGACAGUCCAUAUUUUAUUAUAUCAUAGUUCCAGAGGAGGAGGAGGUCACAUUUUCCCAAUAAAAUGCAAUACAAAGGCUAACAGAUAACAGUAAAAAAAAAACCAUUUACUUGUCAUUCUAUUUACAAUGCAGAUACUUUACUGGAGCAUUAAGUAAGCAGGUCAGGGGACCUGUAGGAAGCCGGCAGGUUGUCUUAAGAUAAAGCUCUUUAAUAAUUUCCUUAUAAAACCAUCUAAUUCCUGCACAUAACCACCACAUGUGCAAGUAUGUUCCCCUUUCUCUAUAACCACUGCAACAGCAAAAAUAUUGCUUUUAACUGGAGUCAAAUGCCAUCUAUGUGGUCAUUUAUAAACAAUUUCUAUGAGCUACUCUCUUGUUUUGCUCUAAACUAGACUUCGGUUUAUUAGGAAGAGGUUAAUCUAUACAAAACUAAGGCCUUGUCUAUGGGGAAAAGUUGUACUGGAGUGACUUCAAUUAGUUUUUAAAGGAGUGUAGUUAAAUUGGCACAAAGCUGUGUAUGGACACACAUUUCGGUUUAGCUUACAUCUGUUCCCAGUUGACUUAAGCUAAACCAAAGUUCCUUUUAAACUGAAAUGAGUGCGCCCACCUACAGGUUUCAACUUGUUUAACUGAACCAGUUUAAUUAAACCAGUGUGUGAGCAAGGUUUUAUAUUAUAGGGUGGUGGUUAAAAGAAAGAACACAAAAUGAACUGUCAAAAAUCAAAAACUGUUUUCUUUUUCCAUUCGUUGACUCUGGAAAUUAACAAAUUAACACAUCAAAAAGAACGUGAGCCUGUAAAUUGUAAAUCAAUUGUGUGGAAAUGACUCUGUUGAAGAUUCCAUCCAGCAAAGAUCCUUUGACACUGCAAAGCACAUGUAAAAACCAAAAAAAAAAAUCAAUCCAAAUACAACCAUCUUUAUAGUAUUACAACUGUUGAUGACACUGUACGAGAGAACCUUUUCAAUCACGUUGAAUGCUGCUGUUAUGUCAAGCCUGCUUAGAUCUGCCAAUAUUCUACAACUAUGCUAUCAUUUUUAAGACAGAGGUGAAAUUGGAAGAUAAGAAAUUUUGCUCUUGU